AUGAUUUUCGGGAAACUUAAUGAUCUAUUUUUUGCCUUUCAGGACAAGGACAAUAUUUACCUCUGUAUGGAGUAUAUGCCGGGUGGAGAUUUAUACUACUGGCUUGAAUACUACGAUACAUUCACUGAGGAGCAGGCUCGAUUCUACCUGGCAGAGACAGUUCUAGCCCUUCAAGCACUUCACGAACUCGGUUACAUUCAUCGUGACCUCAAACCAGACAAUAUGCUCCUUGACGCCCAAGGUCACCUAAAAUUAGCCGAUUUCGGUUCUUGCGUGCGUCUCGACUCUCAAGGUCGAUAUUUCUGCACAUCUCCUAUUGGUACUCCAGAUUAUAUCAGUCCUGAAAUGCUCAAUUGUCAGUCUAAAGCAGGUUAUAUCGGGCCUGCGUGUGAUUGGUGGGCUCUAGGGGUCAUUGCAUUUGAAAUGCUCUUUGGAGAAACUGCCUUUUACGGACAAUCGCUGGUGGAGACGUACUCGCGAAUUCUUGGCUAUGAAAAGUCCCUCAAAAUCCCAACUGACACUGAAAUUUCACCAAUUUUCGAAUCCCUCAUUCGAGACUUCCUUCGAGGACCCAGUGAUCGAUUAGGUGCAAAAUGUGGCGCUGAGGAAGUGAAAAAACACCCUUUUUUCCAAAGUAUCGAUUGGCCUAAUUUAAGAUCCACCACUCCUCCAAUUCAACCUGUGGUAACAUCAGAUGUAGAUACGUCAAAUAUUAACUUUGAUGAAUCAGAACUCCUCGGUGCGGAUUCAAAAUUUAGAGGAGAUUCUUCGAAUUCCUCAAGUGGAUCACCGGCUAAUCUUCCCCGUUCUGGUGGCGCUUUUGCCACCAAGAAGAACAUGGGUUCACCAGCUUACUUUACUGGAGAUAAUUUGGCAUUUGCUGGAUUCACUUUUAAUCGAGAUGAUAGACGCAAUAGUGAGUCGAUGGCGAAAACACCGCUAAUUACAAAUGGUGAUGCUCAUACUGCGGAAAUCGAGAGCGCUUUAGCUGAAUCUAGGGCUAAGUUGAGUGCGGCUGAGAAACAGGCCGCAGUGGAUAAGAUCGCAAUGAACGAGGCCCAAAGACGUUUGGAGGAUAUGAAGGCAGAGCUGGCCUCUGCAAAAAUGGAAUUAGAACGACUUGGCGAUGAGAACAAGACUCAAGUUACUUGUCUUCAAUCUGAACGCGAUACGCUGAGUGAUCGUGUCAAAAAACUGCAGCUUGAGCUAAUUACUACUGCUGAGGAGUUGGAGAAUGAGAGAAAGGCUCUAGCUAAUGCGAAAGAGGAAUUAGUUGCUGCCAAAUCCGACCCUCCUCCUGCUAUUGUAGUAAAUGAUGCAAGACAGAGAAAUUCGGUCAACGAAAACCUUUCAUUGGCAGUUGACUUGGAAGUAGCUCGACAACAAGCUUGCAGAGCUGAGGCUGAACUAGUUUCCUCUCGUAGACUGCAUGCUGAGGAGAUGGGCGAACUGUCUGACCAACUCCAAGCUGAGAAAACCUUCUCUCAACUCUACAAGUCUAAAUUGUCUGAAGCAGAGGCGGAAUUGGAAUCUUUACGUGCAUCUUUCGCUUCCACUCAUGCUAUCUGCAAAGAGUUAAAGGAGCGUAACUUUGGUCUUGAGUCAGAACUAGCUGUUAGCAAAGUGGAUUUAGAGGGACUUAAGAGGUCUUAUGAAACCGAUCUAAAUGAAUCAAAUGUACAGGUUACUCGACUAAAAGACCGAGUGAGCGCCCAAGCUACCGAGAUUCUAACAAUGACAGAGCAACGUCAAGAUUUGUUGCGCCAUUGCAAGACCCUUGAGGAGAGCGUAUCCACCCUAACAGACCAACUUCAAGUCUUGAGAAAAGAGAACAAAAUUCAGAAGUUAAAGAUUGAUCAGACUGUUGCCAAGCUGUUUGAAGUUGCUUCCGUUACACCAGCUAUAGGUGGAAAAGCAAAGAAGAGUUCCGAAGCUCUCAAGGUCUCCGCUUUGGAGAAACAACUGCGUAAUGCUGAACACAGACAUCAGAAGGAGAUUGCGGAUCUCCAGUCCACGCUUAAUCGUCUCAAGACUGAUAAUGAGGAAAAGGCAAAGGCUAUGGCUGAACUAACCAAUCAUAAUCGACAUUUGGAACAGGAAUUGGAGAAAGUGAAUGUUCAAGUGAGUACUCUCUAUGAAUGCUACGGUACGAAGUCUGCCGUUGGAGGAGAAGGGAAGUUAUCAAGCAGUUCUUCUCUGGGGAGAAUAGCUAAGGAGCCCACAUCUCCACGACUUCGUUCUGAAAUUAGUCAUUCCCUUGAGAACCUCUCGAGUAUUCCCGAGUACAUUGGAAGAGGACAGCCAUCAGCGUCCCCUUAUAUUGAGGGUGUGUGUGAUUUCCCUGAGAAGAUACGAGGCAAGAAAAAAUUGGCUUGGACACCCAGAUUCGCUGUUAUUUGCCCCUUCUCUGUGUCCUUCUAUUCAUCUAAAGUUCAACGCGACCAAAUUGGUUCUGUUCCUUGCGAAGAAAUUCCUAUCCAGACGAUAUUUUCGGUUCGUCCGGGGACAGUGUUAGACCUCACAUAUGCUACAGAAGAAGAUGCAUCCCGGCUAAUAUGUAUAAUUUCUGACGUGAUAGGUCAAGAUUCUGGAAUGAACGAUGCCGAUAAAAUGAGCAUCAUGAGCGGAACUUUUGGUCCGGGUGGCAGUUGUAGCAACCACAUUUCUUGGCAAGGUCACUCAUUUCAGCCAAUGACCUUCCGAAUCACAAAUACCAUUUGCGAGGUAUGUCGACGCCCUUGUUCCGAUCUGCGCUCGCCACCUCCAGCUCUAGAAUGUAUUCGUUGUCGAAUGCGUAUCCAUCGUAACCACGUGGAGAACCAUGAGAAGUUUGUUGUUUGUCCAAACACUGUGCGUCAGUGGAUUAUUCGUGCUCCCACUCUGGCUGAUCGAAACGCCUGGAUUUCUUGCAUUAAUCAGCUAAAGAAAGACGCGUUUGCCUUUUGUUCUCCGGAUAGUGGUCUUACGCAUUCGCCAUCAGGGUCACUUUCACGAACUGCCGGAUCCGCCACUCCGGCAACGCCCCUUUCUGGUGCCAACACAGUGCGCUACAGGAGCAUGAGGAAUUUUGGGGGCUUCAGUUUAAAAGAUAUUGCCUCGCGGCGUUCAGUCGCAGUCACGUUUCCGCGACAUAACAGUAGUUCCGGUGUAACUGGUAGUUCAACUCCAGGAGUGGUGCAUCCCCACCAGCAACCUACUCUUCCGAAUAUUGAUGGCCAGCAUGAUUUGUAA